AUGUGGCGCGGGGGUUUCCGUGCGCCGGCCGGGCCGGGCGCGGGGCUCGGCGGCAGGAGAGCGGCGAGCUGUGCGCGUGCGCGGGAGGCGCGCUGCCGCGGGGAGCCGAGCGGAGCCGAGCGGAGCCGAACGGAGCCGAGCCGAGUCGAGCGGAGCCGAGCGGAGGUGAAUGGAGCCGAGGCGAGGCGAAUGGAGGCGAACGGAGCGAGCGGCUCCGAGUUGAGCCGAGCCGAGCUUCGGACAGGGUCUGGGGGAUCACCUGGAUACGCACUUGGAUACCUGGAGCAUUGCUCAGAGGAGGUGCCGAGGGACAAACCUUUGUGCCAGGUAGCGGCAGCCAAACAGGGGCUGAAACUGAAGGGGAGAACACAUUUAUUUGCCCUUGUUGAAGUGAGGCGAGCACCUGAGUGUGGCGGAAAUGCAGGAGAACGCGAAAGCAUCGGGGCAGAGCAGCCGCUGGAGGUGCCCGAGCCGUCUCCCCCUUGCCCGCAGGGCCGGAGUUGCCCACCGCCGGCAGCUGACAGGUCCGUGCUGGAGAGUGGGAGAAGGGUCCCUGCUGGCUGCCGUGUCCUGGGUGGGCACAGAGCUCUGACCUCGGCCAGAUGGGCUGUUCGGUUUCUUUCUCACAGGUUUCCGGGUGUUUUGAUCCUGACGUCGCCAAAGCCUCAGGCUUCUCUCCCUGGGCCCUUGCCGUUGCCGUAUCUCUUGGAUGCCGUGCAGAACGGAAUCAGGCAGCCAAGCCUCAUGUUCACCUUCUCCCUCACCCUCUGCGCUGCUCGUGUGGCACAGCAGAUCCUGAAGCCAGAGGAGCACGUGUACAUAAGGGUAAAGAGAUUCCUUCUGUCACACCGGUAUUUGGACCUGAGGAAGGUACCAGGUUUUCUCCAGCUUUUCUACAGUUUUGAUUUUGAGUACAAAACAGCACGAGUGGAUCCUCAGAUUUCUUGGGGAAGGGCUGCGUGACAAACAUUGCUGUGAGCUCUGUGUCUACCAGAGGAUUUUCCGGGUCAUUCUUUCCUUUCUCAGCAGUCCUUUGUGUGACCAGGGCUCCCAGAGUCCUAUUCUGGAGAUACGACAGAGUGCUGCCCGUGUCACCUCUAGAGCUGCCCAUGAGCCGAUAGAGGAUCACAGCCUCCUCUCGUGGGUCCUGCACGGCUUAGAGAAAAGGUAACCAGCCAAGUACGGGAGACAUGGGGACAAUUUCCUGUCCACGGCUGAAGAAUGACGUGGCUGAGGAUGAAAGCAAGGGGGACAGACCUGGAGACGGGGGCACCGAGGGCUGCACUGGCAGAACUUGCUGAACGCUGAGGUGUCCCUUGUGUUUUUGAGAAGAGAAUCAAGAGGCUUUCAGGUGGUGGUGGGAGGGACGAUGGUGGGGGGGCUGUGUGAUUUGGGAAUCACUUCCUUGACAAAGCAAAAGGACACCUUGUGCUGGUGUCUUUAGCUUUGAAAUUUCAAGCAGCCUCAGUUCCCAUCCUGUCACAGGACCUGCUGCACAGGAAGUGGCACAGUAAUGGAUUUGAGCUGUCUAGAACGUUACUUCUCCUCCCCUUGCCUCUCCCUGACAAAAAAAAUCUCUUCUGCAAGCACAGAGUGCCCUGACAGGUUCAGGCAAGUGCACCAAAAGUGCCCUAGAAUAUGGUCCCCCGUAGGAGAUGGACCAGCUGCUGGUGAGGAUCUGCCUUUCAAAUGUGGUUUUCUUUUCUUUUUUUUCUUUUUGUUCUGUUUCAUUUUGUUUUUCAGGUUUCUGGAGAACCAGGUGAUAAAUAAAAUGAUUUCCUUACUCCAUCCUUUGUGGCUAAUAAAUUUAGGAGACAAGAGAGAAAACAGGAAUCGAUCCCAGAUGCUGCUGUUGAGAUGGGUAUAUGAUCUACCUGUAUAUAGAUAUAUGCGUAUCUCUGUAUAUCUGUGUAGUGAUAAUAAUGGGAGUUUUUAUGAUACGUUGCUUUACUGUCUUCUAUUUUUAAUAAAGUGCGAUUUUAAGUUAUUAGGUAUAACAUUUUAUUCUGCUUAUUGGCUAAAGUAACAUUUUCUUGUAUUUUAUUGGUAUCAAGUCAUGUUAAUCAUUAAUUGGUAAGAGUUUAUAAUGAAUUAUUAAGGUGUGAAUAUUGUUCAUUAAGGUACGUCUUUUUUUUACUGUAGGUAUUUUCAUGUGUUCGUACGGGUUUUUAUGUUAAUGAUUUUGGGUUUUUGUGUUAUGAAUAUAUUAGUAUUUUAUUAGGGUUUUUUUGGUUAGUUUACUUGUUUGGUGUGUAGAUCACUCCUGUUAAGUAUGUUUAUCUAUAUAUGUUUUAAAAUGUAAGUUAUAAAUCUACUUGUUAAGGAUUUUUGUAGAGUUCUAUGUAAAAAUUUAAAUCGGUAGGGGAGAUAAAAAGCAGUAAUUAUUAAUAAGAUGAGUAUUUUAGUUUUUAAUAAUGAUUUAAGUUAUUCAGCGAUGUUUUAAUUUUUGAAAAUAUUAUUUAGUUAUUUUUUAUGUGUGAUUGAUUAAUUUUUUAAAAAAAAAUUAGUAAUGUUUUUGUAAAUUGAUUUCUUGUGAUUUCAUCAAUUUAUAUAUUUUUAAAAAUGUUUUCUAUUUAUGAUUGUGUGUGAAUAAUAAAAAAUGAACAGUU